AUGGAUGACAUUAUCUUUAUCUCUCAAAGAAAGUAUACUAAGAGUAUAGUGAAGAAGUUUGACAUAGAAAAUGCUAGUCAUAAAAGGACACAUGCACCAAUCCACUUGAAAUUGACUAAAGAUGAAAAAGGUGUAAAUAUGGAUCAAAGUCUGUGCAUGAGUAUGAUUGAUAGUUUGUUGUAUCUUGUAGCUAGCAGACCUGACAUUACAUUUGUUAUAGGAGUAUGUGCAAGGUAUAAGUCUGAACCCAAAAUGAGUCAUAUUACUCAAGUAAAAAGGAUCCUGAAGUAUAUCAAUGGAACUAGUGACUAUGGAAUGUUGUAUUCUCAUAAUUCAAAUCCUUUUCUUAUAGGAUAUUAUGAUGCAGAUUGGGCAGGCAAUGUUGAUGAUAUAAAUAGCACUUCUGGGGGAUGUUUAUUCUUGGGAAAUAAUAUUAUAUCUUGGUUCUUCAAGAAGCAAAAUAAUGUGUUUUUAUCUACGGUUGAGGCUGAAUAUAUUGCAGCAGAAAGCAGUUGUUCUCAAUUAAUUUGGAUGAAACAAAUGUUAGAAGAAUGCAAUGUCCAACAAGAUGUCAUGACAUUGGAUCUUAUUAAAGACAAAUUCGUUACUCUUGAGAAUGUAACCACUAAUAAGCAACUGGCAGAUAUCUUUACUAAUGCCUUAGAUGAAAAUCAGUUUGAAAAGUUAAGGGGCGAUUUGGGAAUUUGCGUGCUUGAAGAAUUAUAG